AUACAUAUUAUCUAUGUAGAAGUUAUAGGCUAGACUAAGGUAUGCUUCUAGUGAGUACAACCAACUAGUAUUUGUUCUAGGUUUCCACCUCUAACAUACAGCCAGAUCACAAGUGGGUUCGGAUCGGGAGGGACUCUGCUCGGGGGAGGAGGACAAACACGGCUACUGUGCAUGACUGUGUGGAGAUCGUGCGGCGUGCCAGAGCAGCUGCGCACGACUUCUUGACUCGCGCUCGCGAUGAGUCGGCACGGCACGGCAGGCAUCCGCAGCUCUUGCUCCCGAGUUUUCGCCCAGGCCAAGUACAGUACACCUACAGCCUCCCGCAGUGUAUUCUGUACAGCCUCCAUGUCUGCACAGCAUCAUUCAUUCCUUCAUCGAUUCGACUGGAACUCUAGUAACAACAAGCUUCCUGCAAAAUUGAGUCUUUCUCGAGAUAGCGCUCACGUCUCAAAACGACCCAUCCGUGCCGCAACCGCUACUAAAGAAACCCCCUCAGCCUCAGGCCAUCGUGCCGCCGCGGUCUCGACGCGCGUCCCAAUCGCGCCGCCAUCAUGGCAACUUCGGCUCUUAGCCUCUCCGCGUCGCGCCUCUUUCUCCUGCUCCUCCUCUCCUCCGCCAUUUGUGCCGCCUCCGCCGUUCGCGUGUCGCCGCUCAACAACCUCCUCCGCCCCGCCGGGGGGUUCUUCUCGCAUCGCCGCCCGCGCCCCGGUAAGCCGGCGCCGUACGGCGCGAGGCGCAACCCGCCCAGCGUCCCCUCACAGCUCGCCAAUGUCCUCCCGCACGCCGCGCAGUCCGCCGCCGACGCCAUGAGCGCUUAGCGGCGCGGCGACUGACGGCGCCGCCACCACCAGCGGCGGCAGCAGCUCGGCCGGCCGCGUCACGACGUUCGCGAAGCCCGGCGGCGGCGGCACGACGACGUACUUCAACGUGAUCGAAGUCACCAAGCCCCUGCCGCGGCCCGCGGGGUCCGCGCUUUGCGGCAGCACGACGCCGCUCGUGGACGCGCCGUUCGGCAACACCUACGGGUCCCCGGCGACUGCGGGCAGCUACGCCAUUCCCGC